AUGAGUGGAACGGUUAGUAAUGACCAUGAUGAGGAGAAAGAGGUCCCGGGUUCGAACCCUGGUGCGACCACUUUGAACGCGCACUUGAUUGACUUGGACAGUGCUACAGAGACUAGUCCAGCAGAGGAACAGAAUGUGCAGGCUAGUGGACCGUUUCCGCCUGAAUCGACUCGAAAGAGGAAACAUAGCAAACGCCGUAAAUUGCAAUGGCGAUCACCGCCUCCCGAGUCUGAUGGAUUCGUAACACAUUUGAUGUCUAUCGAUGGUGGAAAGGCGUCGGUAUCCUUGCUUUUGCGAGACCUCACUCUUAAUCUCCUAGGAGGAGGGCCAGAAGGGUCUGCUGGGGAUGAUGGAACUCGCGGGAAGAGGAAGAAAAAGAAGGGAUGGACAAAGAAGUCGAAGGAGGGCGGAGCGAAGCAACAUAUAUAUAAUAGUCGAACUCGUUGCGCGUUGUUUGAUGUGGCCAAGGCGUUUGGUAUAUCAUCGCAUGUUAUUGAGGCUUGGGAGUGUGAGGUUGGAUUGGAGUUGAAUGCAGCGUUGAGGAGAGGACAGGAAGAGGAGGAAGAACAACAGCAACAGCAGAAGCAGCAGCAGCGACUGGAGAAUCGGGUCCAGCCAGGAGUUGACCAUGUUCAGGCCAGUACCGGGUCAAGGCUAUCACGAAGGAUGAAGAUAGGUGCUGCAGCAUUGGGUGGAGGGGCCCUAUUAGCUCUCACUGGAGGUCUGGCUGCGCCUGCGGUGGUUGCUGGUACUAAAGGGCCUGGCCAGUAUAGGGACGGCUCUGGGUACAGCAAGGGGUACUUCAAUGUCGUUCAAAACGUUGUUCUGCUCGGCGCUCCGAUAGCCGUGACUUUCGACGCGCCUGCCGUAGGAUCUGACCAUAAAAAAUCAUGGCGCAGGGCGCGCGCUGUUGUAGCAGGAAGGUUCAUCAACGGCUACACUAGCAGUGAUUGGGUAUUAGGAUUCCUGUAUCGGUAUAUGGAAUGGGGAGUUAAAGUGGCGGGGCUGAGCGCUGCUCGGGGCAUCUCUGGUGUGGAGAAUAUAGACCUGGGAAAGUUGGUCGAACGGCACGACCACUACCCUGAAUAUUUCACCGAGAUCAUGGCGAAUCUGGACAUUCUCGAGUGAGUGUUGGACACUUGUGUAGACUUGAUGCUCGAAAGAAGUGUGCAGUAAUAGUCGUAUUUGAUUAU